GGAAAUAAGAAACGGAUAAAGUUUUGCUCUAUCACUCUUGCUCUUGCUUGCUCUUCAUCCAGCUCCCAAACCCUGCGAAGCAUAAAAAUGCUCGCAAACCCUACUUCCAGGCCCUGUUACUCCCAAUUUCUUCACCCAAAAAGCUCCAAGCUCUUCCUUUUCCCAAACUCUCAUCGCAGCCUUACCUCCAGGGGGAAAUCAAAGUUGGGUUCUUUUCCUCUGCUUCUUUCCAGAAACAAUGCCAAGGGCUUUAGCGUCAGGGCUUUAGCUGACCCUCCAGUUUCCGAGGCUGUCGUCUCGGAUGCCUCUCACGUUUUCCCUCAGCCUUACUCUGUCAAAAUCCCCAUUGGCGAUAGACAUAUUCUGGUUGAGACUGGUCAUAUUGGAAGACAAGCCAGUGCUUCUGUUACUGUAACAGACGGAGAAACUAUUAUCUACACGUCUGUUUGUUUGUCUGACAUUCCUAGUGAGCCUUCAGACUUUUUCCCUCUUUCUGUAAAUUAUCAAGAGCGUUUCUCUGCAGCAGGUCGGACUAGUGGAGGUUUUUUCAAACGGGAAGGGAGAACCAAAGAUCAUGAGGUUCUUAUCUGUAGAUUGAUUGAUAGGCCUUUACGUCCAACUAUGAUGAAGGGCUUCUACCAUGAAACUCAGAUACUUUCUUGGGUUUUGAGUUAUGAUGGUUUGCACUCCCCCGAUUCUUUGGCAGUCACAGCAGCCGGCAUUGCUGUUGCUCUUUCAGAAGUGCCAAUUUCAAAAGCUAUUGCAGGAGUUCGAAUUGGUCUUAUUGGUGAUAAGUUUAUUGUAAAUCCAACAACUAAGGAGAUGGAAAACUCUGAGUUGGACUUGUUGCUAGCUGGCACAGAUAGUGCAAUACUAAUGAUAGAGGGUUACUGUAAUUUUCUUCCAGAAGAAAAGUUGCUGCAAGCAGUGGAAGUUGGGCAGGAUGCAGUACGAGCAAUUUGCAAUGAGGUAGAGGCUUUGGUUAGGAAGUGUGGGAAACGAAAAAUGCUUGAUGCUGUCAAAUUACCUCCUCCUGAACUAUAUAAGCAUGUUGAAGAAAUUGCAGGUGAUGAGUUGGUACGAGCCCUACAGAUUAGGAACAAAAUACCAAGACGGAAAGCCCUCGCAUUGUUGGAAGAAAAAGUUUUAACAAUACUUACUGAAAAAGGAUAUGUUAGCCCUGAUGCAGCUUUAGGAGUUGUUGAAACAAUACCUGAAAUAUUUGAGGAUGAAGAUGAGGAUGAAGAGGUGGUUGUGGAUGGUGAAGUGGAUGAAGGUGAUGUCCAUAUAAAGCCUACUCCAAGAAAAGCAACUCCCUUGCUGUUUUCAGAAGUUGAUGUAAAGCUAGUAUUUAAGGAAAUUUCAUCUAUGUUUCUGCGCCGACGCAUUGUGGAGGGUGAAAAAAGAAGUGAUGGCCGCACUGCCAAUGAGAUACGUCCAAUUAACUCAAGAUGUGGACUACUUCCUAGAGCGCAUGGAAGUGCUCUUUUUACACGUGGGGAAACACAGUCAUUGGCUGUUGUUACACUUGGUGAUAAACAAAUGGCACAGAGAAUAGACAACCUCGUAGGUGUGGAUGAUUUGAAGAGGUUUUAUCUCCAGUAUUCAUUUCCUCCUUCAUGUGUUGGGGAAGUUGGACGUAUUGGUGCUCCUAGUAGGAGAGAAAUUGGUCAUGGAAUGCUUGCAGAGAGAGCCCUUGAACCAAUUUUACCUUCUGAAGAUGAUUUUCCUUACACCAUACGUGUUGAAAGUACCAUCACUGAAAGCAAUGGAUCCUCAAGUAUGGCAUCCGUAUGUGGCGGCUGCUUAGCAUUGGAAGAUGCUGGGGUUCCAAUUAAGUGCUCUAUUGCUGGAAUAGCUAUGGGUAUGGUACUGGACACUCAGGAAUUUGGCGGUGAUGGUACUCCACUUAUUCUAUCUGACAUCACCGGAUCUGAAGAUGCCUCUGGAGAUAUGGAUUUUAAGAUUGCUGGAAGUGAAGACGGCAUAACUGCAUUUCAGAUGGACAUAAAGGUGGGUGGAAUUACUUUGCCUGUUAUGAGAAAGGCACUGCUACAAGCAAAGGAUGGCCGGAAGCAUAUUCUUGCUGAAAUGUCAAAAUCCUCACCUCCCCCUUCGAGAACCCUGUCUAAGUAUGCCCCAUUGAUACAUGUCAUGAAGGUCAAACCUGAGAAAGUAAAUUUAAUCAUUGGUACUGGUGGGAAGAAGGUGAAGAGUAUUAUAGAAGAAACCGGAGUAGAGUCUAUUGACACACAAGAUGAUGGGAUAGUGAAAAUUACUGCAAAGGACUUGUCCAGUUUAGAAAAGUCUAAAGCUAUUAUAAGUAAUUUGACAAUGGUUCCGACUGUUGGUGAUAUAUACAGGAACUGUGAGGUCAAAUCAAUAGUUCCUUAUGGAGCUUUUCUCGAGAUAGCACCUGGGAGAGAGGGACUUUGCCAUAUCAGUGAGUUGAGUUCAGAUUGGCUGGCAAAGCCAGAAGAUGCUUUUAAAGUUGGAGACCGUUUUGAUGUUAAACUUAUCGAGGUAAAUGAUAAGGGACAACUUCGGCUUAGUCGCCGAGCAUUACUUCCUGAUUCAGAUCCAGAGAAUGCAAGUGCAAAACAACAAACAGGUGACUCCAAAGAUAGUGCAGCUUCAACAAGAACCCCUGACAAGGGUUCACCUAAGAAAAUACUAUCAGAAGAAAACAUUGAACAGCCUGAGGAUAAAACUAAAGCUACACGUUCGACUAAAAGUAAUUUGGCUGAAAGUACUCUACUCCCACAAAAAAAGUUCAUCAGGAGAUUAGUUAGCACAGGCAAAGAUGGCCCACAAACCAGCAAAGAUAAGACAAAGAAGAGCAGCAGUAAAGCAGUCAGUAGUGUCUCCAGCAAGGACAAAAGUAGUUUAGUGAAUGGAGAAGCUAAUAUUGGAUAGGUAGGAAAAUUGCUCUCUUGCAUUACUGACAAGAAAAAUGAGUUGAUCUCGUUUCACAUGUGGAGAAGAUGUUCCAAGGGCCUUCACAGCAAAAUUAACGAUGAGUUGAACAUGGACAGCAUUGAUUUCACAAUUGGGGAAGCAGUCGAUGCCAUUGAAAUUGACGUGGUUGAUGUUGAUAUUAGGGAUGAUCCUCAUCUCAAUCGUCCAGUUUAUGUCCAACUUGUUAUAUAGUUGAAAGUAAAUUCAUGUAUCAAAAACUUCCAAAUUUCUUAUUUUGAUUUUUUGGUUAAUAAUUCUUUGAAGACUUGUUUUUUUCCCAAUGGGUUCAUCUGUUUGGAAAUCUUCGUAGUUGGUAUAAUUUGGAUCGCACUGUACUGCGUUGAUUUUGAUGGCAUCAUAAUAUGAUGGAAAGGAAAUGUGUGGCUGGAUUUAUUGUUUCAACAUUAAGUUGUAAGUUAUGUUGGAUACUCAUUAUAUCAUAUGAUUUGAUGUAGAUUUAAUUUUA